UUUAUGAUUUGUAUGUAUACGGUCUCUUGGUUGCCUAUUCGUUGCGUAUACACCGAAGUCACACAUGUGGUAUUGCCAGCUUCAACAUUUUCAAAACACUGCUCAGGCCAUGGUAAACGCUAACGUAGUGGCAACACUGUUUCGUUUUGCAAAUUAUCGCAUUCCGCCAUUCCAUUGGCAUUUGUGUACUUUGCAGCUGCCUCUGUCAGUGUCACGAAUGAAUUUUGCAUUGCGCCAGUUGAGCAGAGCAGUCCGCAGUUACAGCGCCAACAAACACCAACUGUCAUUGUUGACGGCAAGUUCGCGGGUUUUUCUUGACGCAAAUAAAAACAAAACCCAAACAUCCAGCGAUGAGGUGAAGAAAAAAGAAGAAGCAAACAAAAAAGAAGGCGCUGCUGUUGUGGAAAAUGGAACGCCGGCCAGUGACGGUGUGUCGUCAGCAACAAAACGAAAAUCCGAAGAUGCUUCUAAUUCGCCUGUUGGUCAGGCGGCAAAGGUGGCCAAAAAAGAAGUGAAAGAUGAGAAAAGUCCUAAAACAAAGCCGAAGAAGGAAAAAAGUCCCAAAUCGAAACAGCAGACUGAAAAGCCAAAAGAUAACGAGGAGAAUGAAAAGUCCCUUGGCAAUAAGGAGAAAAAGGAAGAGUCCAUUCCUAAAACCGAAGACAAAGAAGAGACGGUGGUAGUCAAAAAGGAGGAGGUUGUUAAGCCAGAGACCAGCGGCAGUAGUCCAAAGCAACCAGUAAGGACAAUGUGCUUGCAAUUAAAUGACACCAAAGUGGACACCAUUAUCACCGACUACAAUCCAGAUAAGAACAACUAUCAUCCGUUAAAAGAUGCCGCCUGGAAAAAGGGAGAAAAGAUACCUUAUUUGGCCUUAGCCCGCACCUUCCAAUUGAUAGAGGAGACCCGUGGACGUUUGAAAAUGGUGGAGAUUCUGGGCAAUUUCUUUAGUUCUGUGCUGGUCACCAACCCGGAUGAUUUAUUGCCCAGCAUUUAUCUUUCCAUUAACCAAUUGGCUCCCGCCUAUGAGGGCUUGGAACUUGGUGUGGCCGAAACAACACUGAUGAAAAUUAUUUGCGAUACCACUGGACGUAAAAUGGAUUUCAUCAAGUCACAAACUCACAUAACCGGUGACUUGGGCAUUGUGGCCGAGCAGUCCCGAAUGGCCCAGAGAAUGAUGUUCAAGCCCGCUCCACUAACAAUUGCAGGAGUUUUCAAAAAACUUAAGGAUAUUGCCAAUGCCCCUGGCAAAAAUAAAAUAACUCCCAUUAAGGACAUAUUCAUAGCUUGCAGAGGAUCCGAAGCCAGAUUUUUCAUUAGAUCUCUCAUUGGCAAACUGCGCAUAGGCAUAGCUGAGCAAAGUUUAAUUAAUGCGGUGGCCACGUCUCUUGUCAAAGUCAAGUAUUUGGAUAACUUCCGAAAGAUGAGCGAUGAAAAGAUCAAAAGCAAAAUCGAUGAAGUGACUUUGAUAUUGAAAACAACAUAUUGCCAGUGUCCCAACUAUGACAAGAUCAUACCCACUUUGUUGGAGCAUGGCAUAGAUGAGAUAGAGGAACGUUGUCCCAUGCUACCGGGUGUACCCAUCAAGCCCAUGUUGGCCCAGCCUACUAAGGGAGUUUCCGAGGUGCUGGAGCGCUUUGAUGGUCUAACCAUUACCUGUGAGUUUAAGUACGAUGGAGAGCGUGCCCAAAUACAUUGCGAUGAGAAUGGGGUUAUAUCAAUAUUUUCGCGUAAUCAGGAAAACAACACCACCAAGUAUCCGGAUAUCAUUUGCCGCAUAGGAGAAUUCGCCAAAUCGAAUGUUAAGUCCUACAUAAUAGACAGCGAAAUUGUUGCCUGGGAUGUGGAGCAGCAAAUGAUUCUGCCUUUCCAGGUGUUGACUACACGCAAGCGUAAAAAUGUCGAUGUUCAGGAAAUCAAGGUACAGGUCUGUGUCUAUGCUUUUGAUUUGCUAUACUUGAAUGGUGAGCCUUUAGUGACCAAAGCCUUUGCGGAUCGCAGAAACUUAAUGAAGGAAAAUUUCAAUGAAACUGAAGGCAUGUGGCAUUUUGCUCACGCCAUGGAUACCAGUGAUGUGGAUGAGGUGCAACAAUUUCUGGAGGAGUCUAUUAAGGGUAACUGUGAAGGCCUUAUGGUGAAGACCUUACAGAAAGAUGCCACCUAUGAGAUAGCCAGACGUUCAAGAAAUUGGCUAAAGCUGAAGAAGGAUUAUCUGGCUGGUUGUGGCGACUCUCUGGAUCUGGUGGUGAUAGGCGGCUAUCGUGGCAAAGGCAAACGUACCGGUAGUUAUGGUGGUUUCCUGCUGGCCUGCUACGACGAUGAAAACGAAGAAUAUCAAAGCAUUUGCAAAAUCGGUACCGGCUUCUCCGAUGAAGAUCUACAAACCCAUGCCGAGUUCUUUAAGAAUCAUGUGGUGCCCAACAAGAAGUCCUAUAUUGCCUGCGACAGUUCACUGGAACCCGAUGAUUGGUUCGAACCCGUCCAGGUGUGGGAAGUAAAAUGUGCCGAUCUCUCCAUAAGUCCCAUACAUAAGGCUGCAAUAGGUAUAGCGGAUCCCGAGAAGGGCAUAUCGCUACGGUUUCCACGUUUCAUAAGAAUACGAGACGAUAAGACUGCUGAAAUGGCCACCACAGGGCGUGAGGUGGCCUACAUGUACAACUCGCAAGAUCAAAUUAAGAAUCAGCAAAGUCGUCAAACAGCCAUGGAUGAUGACUUCUAUUAGUUCUAAUUUUACAUUUUUAAAAUGCAUUAAUACAUUAAUUAUGAAUUAUUCAAGAAAAUCAUUGUUUGGCUUAGAGAUGGGCUUGCAAAUGACAAUACGCCACCUUUAGCCAAUUAAAGCAUAGAUUAGUCUGAACUUAGCUAAUGUGAGGAGGCAGAUAUGUAAUUUAGAGAUAAUUGACUGUUAACAAGAAAUUAGAAACGUGCAUCAUUUCAGUGCAAGAAUAAUACAUUUGGGUGACUUCAUGGAUAACAAAUGAUGGUAGCGAAUGCCUACAACGUUUCAUUAAUCUGGAAUUGGAUUUGGAUACUCCAAUGAAAGAAAGGGAACACGAAUUUGAAAAAUAUUAUUUCAUAUCCAUG